AUGGAAACAUAUCUAAAGUUCUUUGUUUAUUAUUAUUUGUUUCCUCUACUUGGAAUCGCGCUUGUGCUUCGACCAAGCUGGUUGUUCAAGAAAUGGAGGCAACAAUGGUUCACAUGUUUGUGCCUUUCUUUCUACUACUCGGCUAUAAUUUCCUUUUUCCUUCAUUUGAAAUUGAUAUCAAUCGUACCUCGAAAAAUACUAUUUACGAUUGCUCAGGUGCCAGUGGAAGAAUAUUUUAGUCAGUUUGGACACUUAUUAAUUACUUCGUCUGUCUACGUUUUUAUAAAACGGAAGAAUUAUUAUACUCCACAAAAAUAUGUUUCCACUACACGGCUUGUUUACUUGACUAUUGGAUUGGCAUGUACUGCUGUAUGUGCUUCCGCAUAUAAUCCUUUAAUUCUGCCUUGGGGAAGUAUUGUAUUUUUCCUGUGCUCUUUACUUGGUUUCCUUCUUUGUUUCCGUAUUACCGCGCCCAAGUUUGCUGCACUCAAAUGCAUAACCUUAUGUUCAAUUUAUGCUGUGUUUGUGCAGAUGCAAAAAUCAAAGUCCGUACUUAUAUCCUCCCCUUUUCUGAAAUCCAACUACUUUCCUCUGGCUAGCUUUUCAUUGAAUUUGCUUCAAGGGUUGUGUAGCGUUACUGCGUUUGAAAUUUCUGAUAUCUUGAAGCAAAAUGAUGAAGAGAAACUUGUUAUAAAUUCCCGCCAUGCUUUAUUUGAAAGUACAAAAAACAUUUGUCAAGAAUUUUCUCUCGAUUAUGAAUACGCUGCUUCUAUUCAUUUGGAGCCCUUUCUACAACUGCGAUUGUCUUUUUUAUGCUCUUGGCUAUUGAAAUUCCUACAUGGGAAAUCAGUAAAGGAAAAUAUCAGCAUAUAUGUUAGGGAGACGAAUCCGAAAGCAAUAGACAAUGAUCUAAAGAAUUCCCAUAUAUCACCUGAAACAGAAGCGAAGUUAAUGAAAGGAGUAACUUCUAUGAAAAGUUUUGACCAUAAAAACGCUUCAUCUUUUUUUGCAAGGGGAAUUCUCGAUUCUCUUCUUGAAUGGUCGAAAGCAGACAUUACAGAAGAUGACAGAAAACACUUAUAUUCCAUUGCCCACCAAUGUGCGCUUCUACGUUCAUCUCCUUCUCAAACGUCUCAAGAAACACUUUCUUCUUCUUCUAAAGUAAGCACUGUAGAUGCUUUAACACCGGAGGUGAAAGAAGCCCUGUUUUAUUACAUUUUCUCUCUGCCAUCAAGUGUUCGCCGGCAUCAGAAUAUAAGAUUUUUAAAGGAUAUUAUUUUCCAACGAUUUUCUGUAUCCUAUUACUUCCAUGCUUACUGUCCAUCUAAGUCGACUUGUCUUCUGAUAGUUGGUUUCAUCAUACGGGUUAUUCUUAUCAAUUAUGGAAAUUGGCAUGAUAGUAAAUCUACACUCAAAUACACCGAUGUUGACUAUUUUGUCUUCACUGAUGCAGCAAGGUAUGUUUCUCUGGGUGAGUCACCUUAUAUGCGGGAUACAUAUCGAUAUACUCCUCUUUUGGCUAUUAUCUUGUUGCCAACUCAAUAUGGGUUUCCAUCUUGGGGAAAGUAUAUGUUUUCCCUUUGUGACAUACUGGCUGGUUGGAUUAUUAUUAAAAUUCUGAAUCGUAAACUGUCUUUAGGUAAAUCACUGCUAUAUGUUUCCUUUUGGAUACUAAAUCCACUUGUCGCUGUAAUUAGUACAAGAGGAAACUGUGAAGCAAUUUUAGGAGUCUUAAGUGUUGCACUCAUCUUACUCUUAGAACGAAAACGUGUGUGGUUAGCAGGGUUCUUACUUGGCUUUUCGGUACAUUUUAAAAUUUAUCCAUUUAUUUAUGGAAUCGCAUUUUUAUUUUACUAUGCAAACCCAUGGAAGCAAGGACCACUGUUGAAAAGAGUUGCCGGUUCUUUUUCUGUCAACCAGUUCAAGGUAUUAAUUGGGUCCCUUUUAGCCUUCACUUUGUGUAAUCUUUUCAUGUAUAUCAUUUAUGGAAGGCCUUUUCUAGAGCACACAUAUAUAUAUCAUCUUGGACGAACAGAUCAUAGGCAUAACUUUUCAGCUCAUCAUUUGAGUCUUUAUUUUGAGUCAGCCUCUAAGCAGAAACUCUCUUCAUUCCUUGCAUUUUUUCCACAAAUUUUACUUUGUGUUUUGAUUGCUGCUGUAUAUUCCAAACAAACUCUUGCUGGUACACUUUUCGCACAGACAUUUGCUUUUGUAACAUUCAACAAAGUUUGCACGAGUCAAUAUUUCCUCUGGUAUCUAAUAUUUCUGCCCUUAAUUUUGCCAAAUUCAAAACUUAUCAGCAAAAAAGGGUUGGUUUGCCUAAUUCUGUGGAUAGCUAGUCAGGCGAUGUGGCUUUUAAAUGCGUAUCGUCUAGAAAUGCUUGGAAACUCUGUAUUUAUUGAAUUAUGGCUAUCUGGUUUAUUCUUUUUCGCAGCGAAUGUUUACAUCCUGAAAACGAUACUAGAAUGUUUAUAA